AUGUUCAGUGUGGGCGUAGUACUGUACGUGCUGUUGUACGGGAAACUGCCGUGGCAGUACGAUGCGGACUCUCCCCAGGAACUAGCGGAGGAGAUGCUGAACUGCGAACAAACCAUUACCUACCCAGACACGGUCAAGGACACUCAACGAUCCAAAUCUUUAGUAGCGCUGGCACGGAGUCUUCUGUCACGCAAUCCCAACAACCGCCCCACCGCAAAGGAAACCGCAACUAUACUGGGAAGGCUAUUUUUAGAACACCAAUCACAAUCGCAGGAGCCCAAGCAGCACCCAUCGCAACCGCAGCCGUUGGAGAGUGUGGCGAGGCUCUCUUUAGAACACCAAUCACAACCGUCUCACACUCGCACACAACAGAACGAGGAGAGCUCAGGUGCAAGUAGAGCAGGUGGGGCGGAAACGGCGGAGGAGAAAGGGACUGGUCACACACACUCGAUGCGCGACAGUCCAAGGAAGCGUGUAGCUCGACGCUCGGAAAGCGACUCCCGGGAUGUGCAUACGUACAGACACUCGAACGGUAACCAUGCCAACCGCGGUUCCCAUGACAACAAGGGCCAGCUGGCGGCAUACGCACGUCCCUCGCUGCCCACUACCCGAACCUUGGUCUCGUAUGACGAUUCUGCCGCGCAUUCCAACUCUGCACCAUAUAAGGCAAGUGACGAUGAUCUACCUACACACACUGAGCCCACACCUGGGAAUACUCGUAGUACGUCCUCCGGCACAUGUGUGCGUGAUAGGAACACAGCGUCACCCCUCACACGCGCACGCACACAUAUACAUACACUUACACUUACACACACACCCAAACACACCCACACAAGAAGAUAUUCACAUUCCAGUGCCAGUAUGUACAGUCGGUCUGCGCCACAAGACAAAGGAGAGAAGCGGAGAGUCGGCACGUCUCCGUCUGUUUCUUCGCGGCCCCAUUGGAGCCAUAGUGGAUCAGGAUCGGGCGCAAAUGCCACAGAUACCCGUCAAUAUUCCACAGAUACUCGUGCAAACCUCCGGCCUAGUACUCGCCCGCGCACAACCAGGGAGGUCGGGCCGGCUUCCGACACACGUGUGCAUACGAAUACAGAUACCGAUGCAGAUAAUGCACUACCCAACACAUCUUCUACGCGCAGGACACCACGGACAAUUAACCAGGAAUUGGAGGAGUCGACGCACGCACGUACAGAUAGAUGUUACACCGGACGGGAUGUAGAGGACGGGUCACGCGAUAGACACAGGCGUCGUCUAGAGACGGUACAGGCGCACGUGCGGGAGGUGUGGGACUGGUGUUUGGGGCGAAAGAUGUUGGCGCAGGAUACAUCUGAACGUACCACUGGGCAAUCACACCAUGACCGAAGUACCGGGGGGGUGCACACUCAGAACACGCACAUGCCCACGCACACGCCCACGCACAUGCCCACGCACACGCCCACGCACACACCCACGCACACGCAACCAGAUACGCAUACGCAGCGAGCUGGGGACAGAGACGUGCUAGCGCUCUCCGAGACACAGCCCCGCCCUCGAUUCGAUCCAGAAGCACGUACACCACAUACACAGUCCCACACCUACUCCCAUACAUAUCCGCAUGCCCCUGCACCAUCACCCCGGAAUGUCAAGGCAGCCCUGUAUUGCAUGGUGGGUGUGGUGAAGAUCGGGUGGCUGUUCAAGAUGGACUAUCCCACCGCCCCGGCGCUUGUCUUGUUGCUCCCCGCACUCGUCAUGAUUAUGAGUGACGUGUACCUGGCCGGGGUGUAUUCCGAGGCGGAUGCCUGUACACACGCUUUACACGCACCGUUGUAUGCCAACGAUGGUGAAGGAAGCACGCCACACACGCACGAGAAGUCACAGGACGGGCGAACGAAUACGUCGAAACGAGAGCGCAGGCAUACGUUUGGUGCCGAGGCAAUCGGUUCUGGUGGAGGUGUCGCCAACAACGGUGUUUUAUGUCCCGGUAGUCAAGGUAGUAGUAGUAGUAGUAGUGAGAUCAGCACUGGGGGCAGCGGUAGUUCGUUAGUACUGGCACUACACACAGCCCCGUCCGAGCACCCGCCCCCUUACACCGAGCCUAUGAGUACGUCACACACCGACGCACACAGUCAGGCGUACAGCCGUGGCAAGUGUGGCCCAGGAGAACCUGCUGCACAACGAUGUGCGCGCAUGAGGGAGCGUACACAGGCACGUACACAUGACCAUAUGCAGGGAAGCGGGAAUGGGAAUGGGACAUAUGCAGACCUUUCCACAUCCUUGGAGGUUAUAGCAUCUCACUGGUUUGUGCUGUCUAGCAUAGCACAGGGGGUGCUCUUUGCGCUAGCUCGAUACGUACCUGCUACAACACAAGCACAGAUGGAAACGAGCGAAGCUGCCUGGUACCAUGUGUUUACUGAUAUGCAUUCAUUAGGCGUAGUUGGGUUGGUAGUGGUGGUGAGCUGGGUCAUUGAGCACGAAUCAAGGGCCUCCAAACGGGGCUUAUUCGGGCUUCUCCCGCAACAGGCGGUCGCUUUGUUGGUGUGUGUGCACGUGUCUGUACGGUCGUGGGUGCUGUUGUACGUUUGCUUGCUGGGGUUGGCGGCACAUUAUACGUACGAGGCUUGGGUUGAGGAUACUGAGGAACCAAGAGAUCGGCCUACGCCUGGGGGUGGGCAUACACCCGGGUCAUCUCAUCCGCGUGAGUCCUCGCCACGGCUUACACAGUACGAUUGCAUUGAGCGACAACAGCAUCGAGCACACACCCCGCGAGACGAACGUGCCACACAUGCAGGUGUGUGUGCCUGUGACAAAGACCGUGAUCAGUGUAUGUGUAGGCGUAAAGAGACAGGAGGGGGCGGCGGGAGCGGGAGCAGAGAAUUCCAUGCCACAGAAUCUGAAGGUCAGCUGAUAGUACGGCCGUCGUCUUUGGUGGGCUUCUACUCUGGUCGGUAGGAUAUAUGAACCAGGUUAACCUGUACAUACUGGGCUUCUUUGGACAGUCGAACCACGAGCUCUUGUUGCCGUUUGGUUAUGUAUGGUCUUUACAAUAAAUCAGUGUAAGAGUC